GGCUGCCCCCUCGUGUAAUGCGUGGUUAUCGUCUGUAGCGAUAUUUUGACAUUACGAAAAUCUACCGUCAGUAAAGGUAGUGGUUAUUCAUUGUUUUUACUUAUUUGUAUUGUUAACUUGUUAAUGGUUUAACAAGCUUGUAUCUGCUACUUUUACGAGCAUUUUAUACAUAGUUGGAGUGCCUCGGCACUUUAGCUGCUAGCUAACGUCACACAAACGCGUAUAACAGCUGAGUUUGAGGGAGGCGGUUUAACAUUUUGGCAGAGCUCCGUUAAUUCAUUUGUUUGUAGGAAAAUGAAGACAAAGAAGAUGAAGCCGAAAAACAAGCGUCUCCCCUCCGGGCUCCUAAAACAAGCCAACCAGAGCAUCCAUAUAAAAGGCAAAUGGAAAGCUGUAGAGCUUGAUCCCAGUCUCUUCUCCGAGGAGGGCCUGGGGGGUCUGGUGUGUUUCGAGGAGUUGACAAAUUACCGCCUGAUAGACUCUGAUAAAGCUGCAGCUAAUGCAGCUAAAGAACUGAAAAAGGAGAGGAAGAAGAAAGCGAAGAAAAGGAAAGCCGGUGAGGGAGAGGAGGCUGGAGAGACGAUUGACUUGGAGAGCAAAGAGGACGAGAAAACGGCUGAUCCAGCCAAGAAAAAAGCCAAGAAGAAGAAGAAAACUAAGAAACCGACUACAAAGGAAUCAGUCCAACCAGGUGACAUUUCUGCAGAAGUGACACAGGAGGAUGUAGCUGCAGGGGAGGAGGCAGGUGAUGAAACAGCUAAAGAAGAUGCAGCCAUUAGCUCAGAACCUGAUGCCAAAUCAAGACCUGCAAAGAAGAGCAACAGAAAGAAGAACAGGAAACAGAAACAGCAGAUAGAAGAUGAUACAGUCUUACAAGAGCAGCCGAACCAGGAGUCUCCAUCACAACUUCAGGCUCUGGAGAAAGAAAAAUCCACUAAAGAUAAAGUGACAAAGCCCUCCAAAAAGCAGCAGAAGAAUUGGACAAAUGCAGCACUUUCUGGCUCUCAUGACAAUAAUGCUGAUGUGAGUGCCUGGAAGGACCUGUUUGUUCCCUCCCCUGUGCUGAAGGCCCUGAGCAGUCUUGGUUUUAGUUCACCGACACCUAUUCAAGCCCUGGCUUUGCCCCCAGCUAUCAGGGAUCGUAUGGAUAUCCUGGGGGCAGCUGAAACAGGAAGUGGGAAGACAUUGGCUUUUGGCAUUCCCAUGAUCCACACCAUCCUGGAGUGGAGGAAUGGUUCAGAAAAGCCUAUUGGUGACAAGACUAAAGCAACUACACAGGUGGAGAGUUUGUAUUUACCAGCUGUAGAUGAGUCCACAAAGUCAGGGCAGGCAGCUGAACCAACAGUCGAGGAGGAUGACAUGGAGGCAGAAGACUGUGAAAGCAUCACAGAGCAGAAUCAAAGUGACACAGAUAAACUUGACAGUGAAGAUGAACAUGACGUUGAUGGACAAGAUGACGAUGAGAGGCUCGGAUGUGUUCAGGUGAUUGAGAACGCAGAGUUUGACUUUGAUCUGACCACUGAAGCAGGAGGAAAACCCGCUGGUAGUCAGGAUCAGCCUCUGCUUGGACUGGUGCUCACUCCAACCAGAGAGCUGGCUGUUCAGGUCAAGCACCAUAUUGAUGCUGUCGCAAAAUUCACAGACAUCAAAACAGCGAUAGUCGUGGGUGGAAUGGCACAACAGAAACAAAGAAGGAUGCUAAAGCGAAGACCAGAGAUCAUUAUUGCCACACCAGGACGUCUGUGGGACUUGAUCAAGGAGAGGCAUCCACAUCUGCUAAACUUGAGACAACUCAAGUGCCUGGUCAUCGAUGAAGCAGAUCGAAUGGUAGAGAGAGGCCACUUUGCAGAGCUUGAGAGUCUGCUGGAGAUGCUGACCACCGUGCAUUUCAAUCCAACAAGGCAAACAUUUGUGUUCUCGGCCACUCUGACCAUGGUUCACAGCCUGCCCACCCGCUUUCUGCAGAAGAAGAAGAAGAAUCUGGACCAGAGGAGCAGACUGGAACUUCUCAUGGAGAAAGUGGGGAUCAAGUCCAAACCCAAAAUCAUUGACUUGACCAGGAAGGAGGCAACUGUGGAGACCCUGACUGAGACACGAAUCCACUGUCAGAAGGAGGAUAAGGACUUCUACCUUUAUUACUUCUUGCUCCAGUAUCCUGGUCGCACCAUGGUGUUUGCCAACAGUAUAGACUGUAUCAAGAGACUGAAUUCCCUGAUGGUUAUCUUGGACUGUACUCCACUGCCUCUUCAUGCCAACAUGCACCAGAAACAACGCCUCAAAAACUUGGAACGGUUUGCCGAAAGGGACAAUUGUGUCCUGCUGACUACUGAUGUGGCAGCGAGAGGACUGGACAUCCCCAAUGUCCAGCAUGUUAUUCACUAUCAGGUUCCCAGGACAUCUGAGACUUACGUCCAUCGGAGUGGCAGAACAGCAAGAGCUACCAAAGAGGGUCUCAGCUUGCUGCUCAUAGGCCCGGACGACAUGAUGAACUUCAAAAAGAUAUACAAGACUCUUGGGAAGGACGAGGAACUUCCCAUGUUCCCCAUAGAGACCAAAUGCUUUGAAGCAAUCAAGGAGCGAGUGAAAUUGGCCAGACAGAUUGAGAAGAUCGAGUUCCACAACAGCAGACAGAAGCACCACAACUCCUGGUUCAGACAGGCAGCAGAGGCCCUGGAGGUGGACCUGGAUGAGGAUCUUUUACUUGGCCGGGCAAUGGAUGAGGAAGAUGACAGAGAGCAGCAGAAGAUGGUGAAGGGGAUGAAAAAGCAUUUGAAGCAUUUGAUCUCCCAGCCUGUGUUCAAGAACAAGAUAAAGACAAAGUACCCCACUCAAAUGGGAAAGCUCUCCCUGCCUCACAUGCCCCUAGCAGGGAUGGAAAGCGCCCUGACUAGGGUUUCAGUACAGGUGAAGAAACAGAAUCUCAAGAAAUGUCUUCCACCAAGGCAGAAAAAACAGAAGAAAAAACAGCAGCAGUGACAUUUCGGUGGAAAUGUUUAAAAAAAGGGCCAUCUUAAACAGGAUUUCUGUAAUUGUUGAUUUAUGUCAUUUGUUUUACAUAAAUUCCUUGCAAUUCAUUGAGAUACUUACUGCACAAUGUGCAAAAGUUUUAUCUCCUGAUGCUGAAUCACUGUACACUGCAAGACUUUAUAAAAAUCUGUUUUCAUAAGUGUCUUAAAGCCCAGGUGAGAUUUUAUUGAACCAAAGUCGAUAUAUUCCUGAGAUGAGCUGAGUCCUGCUGGACCCCUGGUCAGUGUUGGGGUCGCGGGUAGAGAAUGUUGUAAUGUGACGUUUGGUAGAGGAGGUGCAGGGAAGGUUCGGCACCCUCUGGAAUGACGUGGUGAGCCAGCUGCUGUUCAUCACCCUCCAUGGAGACGAUGUGGAUGCAAAUAUCCAGGGCCUGUGACAGAGCUAAGAUGUCCACAUGAUCACACUCCAUCGCCAUGGCCUCCACUUCCUGAAUGAAGAGAACCAAGACAUUACCAAAGCUGACAGAUGUAUUUCCCUCAUUUACCCUUUUUUUACAGCAGCAGAAGAUGACCUUAUGCUUUGUCACUAGAUGGCAGCAACACUUUGUUACUAACUUGAUGACAGUAGACUUGCAGAUUAGGCGCCUCUACAAAGUUGCAGAAGAAGUCGGCAUGAUUUUGCAGGUGCGCCGAUGUGAGCAGCCUCAGGUACUGCACCACACCAUCAGAGGUCAUCUGCUCAUUGAAGAGCUGGAGCAGUCGGUCUUCCUGCUCAUCAGCCUGGCAUUGCUCCAACACAUUUACAACCUUCAAUAGAACAGAAACCAUUAGGUAUUUUCACUGCACCUUCUUAAUAAGCAGUGAGAUCUAGUAGCAGACUAAUCACCCUUAACCAAGAGCACAGUAGUAGUACGGAGCUACUCAUGUAGGGAUUUUUAUCAGUUCUGAGGUGGUGUGGCCCCAGCUCAGCUUCCUUCAAUAUGUAAUCCAUUAAUAUACACAUGGUGAACUUUUCAGGUAGUUUUUUCCAUUUAUAGAAUGUAUUGAUGGCUUAAAUCUGCAUGGUGCAGUGAAGAGUGUGGACUGACUGAAAUGCUAAUGAAAUGUUAGAUUCAAGUACCGUACAGUACAAUGGAAAAGUGACUUGUCUCCAGGUGAAGUGUUGUUGCAGUUGCCACUACCAUAAAAACAUUCUCAUUAUUAUUAUAACUUGAUCUAUUCUACAUUAACACGCUUCCUUUGUGAGGACUAUAUUACGGACUACCCAAACUGGAGUUUUGAGGGUGUCUUGCAAAUAGGUUAGAGGUCACUUCGUCAAAGCUUUUGCUUCCACCUUUAUUGCUUUACAUACAGUAAUUUCUGAGUGGUCAAUUCCGAACAAUGUAUUUCCCUUAUUGUCUGAGCAUUUCAUUUAGUUUAAUGAACACAAUGGUUUUUUUUACCAAGCUUAUUAAAAUCCCUGCCUUACUGAC